AUGGCAGAUAACUUCAGUCUAUCACGCAAGUUCAAAAAUCCUUGUUGGUACAACGAGGAAGGAUCUCUGAAUUGCCUUCCUUACAUGUAUCUUGUGGGCAUUCCAAAGUGUGGAACAACGGAUUUGUUUGGGAAAAUUAUUGCACAUCCAGACUUUGUACGCCCAAUUGCGAAAGAACCAGGCUGGUUAUCCGAUAAAAGAUUUUGGCCACGAUACAUGAAAUUUGGAUUCCAAGGUUUUAGCCAGUUCUUUUCUCCUAUUGCCAAGGCUUUACGUACAGCUACUGAAGAUCAAGCACACAAUUGGAUUACAGGAGAUUUUAGUAUCAACACCCUGGAGGGCAGCCAUUUUUGGCAAUACCUUGGAAACAACAAAGGAAAGAUGGAGCCGAUUGAAAACAACCCGCAGUAUAUAUAUCACAUGUUUCACGGCACCAGGAUCAUUCUCAGUGUGCGAAACCCUGUCAAUAGAUUGUGGUCAGAGUACUUGGCAUUUUCACGGCGAGAGAAGUCUCCUGCCAUGUUUCACGAACUAGUCAUACAACAGAUAACUGCUUUUAAACAUUGCCUUCGAAAACGUUUUCUACGGUCAUGUGUGUAUGACAGAGCUCUCGCGAUGUGUUCCAUGAUGCACCUUCGUCGCGGGCUGUACAGCGUUUUUCUCGCGGACUACUUGUCUGUUUUUCCACGUGAUCAGAUUCUCGUGCACAGACUCGAGGACAUGUCUGAUGAUAGGGAACAUGCUCUUAAUACAACAUAUGCAUUUCUUGGACUUCAUCCAAUGUCAAAGGCAGAUUUAGAAUCGGUUUCUCGUGGCGGACAUAGUAAUCGGCGUCGGCAAGCAGACGUUUCCAUAGGAGAUAUGUGGCUUUCAACACGCACUCUUCUUUAUCAGUUUUACAAGCCGUUCAAUGAAAUGUUGGCAAAGCUUUUAAAGGAUUCUCGUUUUGAGUAUGGACUUUAUUAG